UCAAGAUGACAUGUUGAUGUUGAGUGUGUUGAGUCUUGGUGGUCUUGAGUUAUUUAUGUUUAUUUUGAGGCUGCUAUUUAUAUUAAAAAUAAUAAAUAAAUAAGUAAAACUUAUAUAAAUCCCCGCGAUGCUACCAAACAGUAUUAAUAUGGAAGCCGUGAAACUUAUAAUUAACCCCAAACUAACAAUCCAAACUUGUUUUCUGUGCUUCAAACAACAUGAUGAGUUAUACAAUAUUCAUUCAGACCUGUUUAUUAUUACGGACCACCAAGAAUUCACGGUUUCUGUGUUUAAAAUGGUGUCGUACUUGUUUUCCUUACAAGAUACAGUAUUGCAACAAGUCUGUAAUAAAUGCUCAGAAAUAGUCAUAAGUAUUUAUAUCCUGAUACAAAAUCACACAAUAAUGAAACAAAGUCUGAAGAAAAUUGCUGAAACCUUAGAAAAAGAGAUCUCGGGCAAAAAGAAGUUUGACAGAAAUUGCUAUCUAAGAAUACAUCGCAAUAAAGAGAAGUCAGUAAAUAAGAUUAAAAAAAAGAAUUUAAAGGCUGAUGAAUGCCAAAAAUGUGACAUGACUUUUGAAUCUAAAGAUCAGUUGCAAGAGCAUAAAAAAAUUACUCACAAAAAUACUAAUGAAGCAGUGGUUUGUCAUAUUUGUGGAAAAAGCUGCAAAACACCAAGUGCUUUGAAAGCUCACUCAAACUGUCACAAAGUAAAACAAUGCCCAUACUGCUCGAAAAUGUUAAAAACACAUUCACAUUUCAAAAAACAUGUUGAUAACCAUUUGACAUAUAAUAAACGGAAGCAAAAUAACACAAAAUACAAUUGUCAUAACUGUAAUUUCGUCAGCCUUAGCAAAGGAACUAUAGAUGCACAUAUAAACAAAGUCCAUUUGGGAAUCAGACCUUAUGUUUGUCUGAUAUGUGAUAAAGGGUUUUUUAAGAAAAGUAAUUUAACCGAACAUAUCAACAUACACAAUAAAAUCAAAACUGAGACAUGUGAAAUUUGUGGUGACAGUUUUGUCAGCAAAAAGACUCUCAUGGAACAUAUAAGAUUACAUAAAAAUCAGAAACCAUACAAAUGCGAAAUGUGCUCGGAAAGUUUCGUUACAUCCGGACGGAGAUCGGACCAUGUCAAAAGAAAACAUAUGGAGAAGAAGGAAUGCUGUUUGAUUUGUAAUAAAAUGUUCAGUUUAAAGAAAACGCUUAAUAGACAUGUAAGGAAAAUGCACUGGCAACAAUGCAAUGACAUACAUGUAUCAGAGUUUGUUGAAACUGCGGAUAGUAGUGGUAAUACGGAAAUGUUGUUGCCUAUUUCUUGAAGGUAUGUUCGUUACUAAUAAGUAAUAUUACAAAAAUU